AUGGAGAAACAUGUGGAAGAUCAGGGUUACAGAAACUUGCUUAAAAUACUUUGCUUCUUUAAUGAAUUUGAAAAGAAAAGACCCCCUGAUAUACCUAUGGCAUUGGAGGAAUUCUUGAGAAGGAUUGCAAAGACGGGUGAUAUUGCGUUUCCAUGGUCAAAGCUUAAACCUCUGCUUCGACGAAAGUUGGAGAAUGUCAUGGAUGAUUUUUAUGAAGCUUACCCUACAGAGGAUCUACCACCACUUCCAAAUGUGGAAGGUUUUCAUUUUGAUACUAUGAGAAAACGGCUGUUAGAUAUCUUGGAUAGCUUUAACAGUGCACCAUUCACUGUUCAGAGAUUGUGUGAAUUAUUGACAAAUCCACAGAAGCAUUAUCAUCGAACAGACAAAUUUAUGAGAGGCCUCGAAAAGAAUAUCUUGGUAGUUAGUACAAUCCAGCCUACACCACAACACUGGCAUCCAGAAGCUAACAACUCUGUUAUGGUGAAUGGGAUUGUGAAUAUAGUAAAUGGAAGGGAUAAUAACAGUAACCUAGUGUUACAUACCAACAGAUCUGCAAGUGUGGAUGAGCCACAGGUGGACAGUUUUACUACUGGUACUGUACUUUCCCCAGUAUCAGUAGGCUUAGGAACAGUGAGCAGUACAAAACGAGGUGAAGAUCGAUUAGCAGGACCUCUGAAUAAAGAAAAGAGUGACACCUCUGAACCUCUUGACUCUACAGAAAAACAUGUUGAUAGCAGCAUGGAUAUUUCUGCAGAUAAAACAGAGGUUUCCUGUACUGAACCUACAUCAUCACCAUUGAGAAACAGUAGUGACACAAUAACAGAGCAUUCUGCUGGUGGAGAAGCUAUUGUUUUUGAAGAUUUACCUCUUGGAAAUAGUGCAGAUAUGGUGAAGGAAAAAACUAUUUCACCACCAGCUGUUGGCACACAGCCCAAUCAGAUGGAACAGGAAGUGACGGAACAUUUGCCUGUCAAAGAUGAACGUGAUGAUGAUGAUGACGUGGUAGAAUCUGAGAUGUCUGAACAAAAUAAUAUAACAGACCUCUGUAAUGAAGAGGUUCAAAAAGUUGGUGAUGAUACUGGAACAUUAUUACAAUCUGAAGAGGAAAACCCUCACCAAGAAAAAGAAAAGAUAUCAAAUAAACAAGAACAAGAAUCAAUGGACAUGGAAGGUGAAGAAACGAAGGUAAGUGAAUCCAAGAAGGAAACAGAAGUUUGUUCUGAAGAAUCUAAGGAUAAGACCCCAUCAGUAGCAUGUAGUACUGUUUCAAAUGAAGAACCAAUGGAACAAGACUAAACAGAUCAUUACAUAUAAGCCUCAGUAUCUAGCUAUAUGGGUCCUGCGAUUUUACUUCAGCAUUAAGUUUUUGCACAUUUUUGUGGUGUAAAUGUUCUUCCAAGCCAUUUCAUGUCAGACAGGUUACAGAAAUUUUCUAGGUAUUUUAACCUCAUUACAUUGGUUCUGUUGUUUAUAUUGACUGAAUUUUUUAAAUCAAUCUAAUUUUUUGAUAAAGAAAAAAAAAAUUGGAAAUGAUUUUCAAACACCAGUGCUCUUAAUACAUAAAGUAGAAAUUGAUAUUUUAGACUAUAAAUAUGAUAAUGAUAUAAGAUUUGAGUACCAGCAAGCUUCCUGAACCUAAAAUAAAAAUAAAACUAUAUAAUUUUAAAGUUGUUUAAUUUUUAUCAAUUGUAAUAACUUGCAAGCAAGAACAAUUCUGGAAAAUAAAGGUAAACUUAUACAUAAGAUGUUACAUUCUGUCAAAUCAUAUGUUUCAUUCAGUGUUAUUUGCAUAUAAAGAAAUUUCCUGUGAGUUGAUUUCUGUACUUCAGCACAGUCAAUAAUGUUAAAUAAUUUUCAACAGAAUCAGCUUUUUUUCUUUUCUUUUUUUUCAAAAUAUGCUUUGGAUACAUUUAAAUGUCUUAGUUACAUUAAAAAAUAACAUUACCAAAGUUAAAAUUAGUUAAGAAUAGAAGAUAAGAAACUUGUUUUAAACUGCAUGUACAAUCUGGUGCAAAAUUGCAUUGAAAUAAAAAGAUUUUCUUUAACCAUCUCAUUGGGGUCAAGUUUUACCUGUAAAUUUUAAACUUGUGUUUUUAAGUGUAUCAAUUAUUCACUAUGGUUCUAUGAGUCAGCUAAGCUUUUCUUUGAUAUGAAUUUUAUUUUUUUAUUGCAAAUAUUACUUGUUCACUGAACUUGCAAGUGUACGUGUUGAGAAGUACUAAUUUCUCCUUGCCAUCAGUAUUGAAGAUUCUUCUCUUGUCUUCCACUAUAAUUUUUUAAGAAGAUUUCAUGAGUUGGAGAGAAAUUGAGAUACAUCAUAUUUUAAUUUAAACUAACAGUAAUUUUGAUUUAAUUUUAUACAUCUAUAUGUGCAUGUCUAAGCUACUGUUAAAAUAUUUCUGCAAUUUUUAUUUACAUGAUUGUUUUAGCAAGUGGCAUCAAAUGUAUUAAUUGAAGAACUUCUGUAUUUAACAAAACUUUCAGUAACAAACUUUCAAAUGAUUCUUACCACCCUAGAGCCUCAACUGAUGUACUUGUCUGGGAGAAUGUUUAUAUCUGUACUUAGAAGUGUAUUUCAGGAGCAUACAUAACUAAUUUACAGUUUGGUCAACAGCAGUUGGGCUUGCAACUGUAAGAGUUGUGGAAGUGUACUUGUCUGGGAGAAUGCUUAUAUCUGUACUUAGAAGUGUAUUUCAGGAGCAUACAUAACUAAUUUACAGUUUGGUCAACAGCAGUUGGGCUUGCAACUGUAAGAGUUGUGGAAAUGUACUUGUCUGGGAGAAUGCUUAUAUCUGUACUUAGAAGUGUAUUUCAGGAGCAUACAUAAUUAAUUUACAGUUUGGUCAACAGCAGUUGGGCUUGCAACUGUAAGAGUUGUGUGAAUGAAAUUAGUCUCUAUUAAAAGUUGGUGUUGGAAUAUGGAAUCCUUUAGAAACAUUUGGUCAUGGCUCAUGGUAAUUAGUAUAAAUAAAUAAUUCAUAUUACAUGAAAAUAGUUUUAGGUGGCAUAAUAUCAAUCCAAAAUAUGUUAUGCAAACAUUGAAGUAAUUUUGAUCUACUUAAUUUUUGUUUUAUUACACACAAAAUUUAAUAUAGGACUGUAUAAAUGGGAAUUUUAGAAAUAUUUAACACCUUUUUUACAACUGUUUGUAUAUUUAAUGAUAAGAUGGUAAAAAUUGAAGUUUUAGAAGUAUUUAGCAAACUUUUGCAACUGUUUCUAAAAUUACUGAAAAACAUAAAUGACAUUUUGAAUUUCACUUUUCAAUCAAAUUGGUACAUUUAGAUAACUUGAGGUGUCAGAAGUUGUGGUCAUUAAAGUUGAUGACAUUCUAGCUACCUUUGUUCCUUGUGAUUCUAUUGAGGUCACACCUGUUCUGCUUAAGGAGGUAUGGCUCUAUUACUGCAUAUUGUGAAUGAAGAUUGACAGCAGUGUCCUUUAAUAGUAGGUCAAGUGAUAUCUCAAGGUUACAGCCUUCCCUGUUUUUGAAUGAGAAUGAAAAGUCAUGUGGGUGGGUAGCAGUAGUUACUAUGAAAUAAACCCAAAAUUAGAAACUUUAGAUUUAAAAAUUGAUGUAACAGAUUUUUGUGUAUUAGUUAGUAGGAAUACACCUCAGAGGAAGAAAGCCAGUAUAAUCAACCUGCAAAUCCAGUGAAAGGUGACCGUCCAGCAUCCAUAACCAAGUAACACACAGUAUUUUGUGUCUUUGAUCAAUAAAUAUAAUUUUCAUUGUGUUUUA